AUCAAAGAAGACGCCAUUGAAGCAUGUAAUUUUAUUGUCGAAUCGAUUCAAGGAUUCACAAUUUGGUCUGCUAAAUUCAACAAUGUCUUCAAGUUUUCAAGCUUCUAUACUUGUGGCUUCCCCAUCUCACCCCAAUUCUGUAGCUUGGUCUGAGGAGAAUUUGGUGGCAGUAGCUUCCGGUCAUAUUGUUACCAUAUUGAAUCCAGCUAAACGAUUUGGAUCACGAGGUCUCAUUACUAUACCUCCUGGCAAACCUUUUUCUGUUGGGUUAAUUGAGAGAAAAGAUUUACUCUCUGAUUGUAUGUUACAUAUUGCAUUAUCUCGAGACUCCUCUCCCCAAGAAAAACAAUAUCGGGAAAAUCGGCCAUGUGUCCGGUCAAUAUCCUGGUCACCUAUUGGAUUUGCUUCAAAUUCUGGUUGUUUGCUUGCAGUCUGCACUACUGAAGGACAUGUGAGGCUUUACCGGAUGCCAUUUCUUGAGUUUUCAACAGAGUGGGUAGAGGUCAUGGAUAUAUCAAACAUGCUGUAUUGCUAUCUCAAAACUACCAAUUUUCAGGCAGCAAACUUUAGAGUCUCAGAAGGUGCUGAUCCUAGUCAAGCUUGCUUUGAUGAGGGAGAUGAUGAUGAUCUGCCAAUCUCUAUCAUGAGAAAGGAACUUAAGCGUCGGAGACUGAACGCAUUGCCCGUGAUGGAGGUUAAAGCAUGCAGUCAGAAACAGAAAAAUACUUUUACUGCUCCUCACUUAAGAUCAAGGUUUUCUAAGAAAGUUUUUGGAGAUGGCUGUCAAUCACUAAUCACUGCCGAGGAAUAUGCCUCUCGCAAUGCGAUGCUGUCCUCACUCAUUGUUGCGUGGUCACCCUGUCUCCCACAGACAUCUGGAUGUGGUAUAUCUUCUGCUAAUGGCUUGACCAGUAGCUGUUCUGUACUUGCGGUUGGAGGGAAGUCUGGCGUACUAUCAUUGUGGAGAAUUCAUAAACCAGAAAGCUACUCUAUUAUGAACAGCCCUGACUCAAAUAAAACAGUGCUUGUUGGACUUCUCGAUGCACAUGAUACUUGGAUCACAACAAUCAGUUGGAGCUUGUUCAUUUCUGAUGCUUCAGAUCCUCUGCUUUUAUUGGCUACUGGAUGUUCCAAUGGGAGUGUGAAAAUCUGGCAGGCGUGUUGCAGAAGACUAGUAGAAUCAUCAGAACCUAGUGGUUCGCCCUUUUCACUAUUGAAGGAGGUAAAGGCUGCCGACUUUGCAAUGGCCACUAUGGUUUCCCUCACUGUCUCUGGGCAGUCACCUAACAAAAUGCUUUUAGCCAUUGGCAAGGGAUCUGGAUCAAUUGAAGUGUGGACUUGUGACAUUCUUCUUCGUAGAUUUGAGAAAGCUGGCACCUAUGAUUCACAUAACCAUGCUGUUACAGGUCUAUCUUGGGCUUUUGACGGACGUUGCCUGUACAGCUGCAGCCAGGAUGACUCAACACGCUGCUGGAUUUUAUAUGAAAAUUCCCUGUGUGAAGUACCUAUUCCUUCCAAUACACCUGGUGUGGAAGGCUCUGCUGAUGUGCCAGAUGCAUUUUGUUCUUGCUUAGGUCUAGCCGUAUCUCCGGGGAAUCUGGUGCUGGCAGUGGUAAGAGCUUUUUCUACUGCGCUACUAAAUCCAAUGUACGAGGCAAGGGCUCUGAAAGCUGCAGUAGAAUUUCUAUGGAUUGGAGGACAGCAACUGGAGAUUUCCUCAACUGUUUGUCCCGAUUUUGAUGUUAAAAUAUUCCCAGAUUUUCCUGAGAAAGAGCUAAUUAGUUGGGAGAAUAAUAUAUUAUGGUCAUUAAAUCAGCAUGAACCUUUGGAUAAACCACUGGUUGUUUGGGAUGUUGUAGCAGCACUCUUGGCCUUUAAACAGUCUAUUCCGAAAUAUGUGGAACAUAUUGUACUUAAAUGGUUGAAAUCUUCGGUUGGAGUUUCUGCAAACUUGUCUGAAGCAAUUAAAUGUCUCUCAGAGAUCUCCUCGCGUAAGUUGCAACUCCUCAACAUCAUCAGUAAGCUGGUAGUCUUGAAAAAGGUGGAGAUAGAUAAACUUGAUGGGAAAUCACAGCUUUUGGAGGUCAUUGGUGGUGCUGAAGAUGAAAGAUUGGAUUGGACACAGCUUCAUUCAAAUAGUGAAAUGGAACUGAGAGAUAGGCUAGUUGGCUGUAGCUUUACUGUCUUUCUUGAUGUCACCUCUGCUUCUCAUGGAAAGGGUACUAAACCUGGUUACUGGGUCCCUAUUGGAACAGCACAGAUGGAGCAGUGGGUUGCAAUUCAUUGUAAAGAUAUAAAGAAUCAUCUGAAACUUCUUGCAGAUGAAGUACGAACCAUUAAGAAGAGUCAGCGUCCCUCUUUUUGUGAAUAUGUAGAGAAGGAGGAAUGUAGUUUCUGCUCAGCAUCAGUACCAUUUGAUUCUCCAGAUUCCGCCAUCUGUCAGGGGGUGAAGUGUGAUACUGGAAAUGAUCCGACACACAAACUAUCUCGAUGUGCUGUUUCUAUGCGUAUCUGCCCAAUUGCUCCGGUAUGGCAUUGCAUGUGCUGUCAGAGAUGGGCCUCAAUAUUAGCCCCUUCACCCAUCUUCAGAAUGCCUGGAUAUCCUUCAGAUUUCAAGUCUAACACAGAUGAUGAACAUCCAAAACCUUGGUGUCCCUUUUGUGGGAUUCCUUUAAAGAAACUACUGCCAGAAUUUCUACUCUCACCAUCAUUUGUAUAGGUCAAGUAAAUAGAGACAAAGU